AUGAAGAAGCGGUCAGGAUCGACGCGCGGCAUCGAAUACACGCCCCUGUGGACGCCAAUCGACCCCUCAGGACUUAUUCGGGCAUGCUGCGAUUUCAUCGAGGGCGAUACACACUCCCAACUCAUCCUGAACAACGACCCUUCAACUUCGCUCCGCGUCACUUCCAAGCAUGCGCGAUUGCGGGGAUCACACGUAGAUAUCGUGUCUACGGGCGAGCGGCUGAGAUUUUCCCGGGCGUCAACCAGGGUGUGCCAGAAGUUGGUCGCCUCGGAGCUCUCCGCAGCCAAUGGCAACCGCCGCGGUGCCAGGGGGCCUAUUCGCCCGAUUACAGGUGAUGCUGAAGCGGACGAGAAAACUAUGCAGACCUCAAAUUUGGAAGGAGAUUCGGUAGGAGUGGAAGAAGAUGUUGAUGCGCUGGACGGAGCCGGGAAUCACCGGCGUUCCGCAGGCGGUAGCCGUUCCCGCAGUAGGCUUCAACGCUCUCAUGGAGAUGAUGGGGAUGAAAUACUGCCCGGCGGGGCCCAGGAUCCGUACGCCCCUGCUCCCGAUGUCGACCGCUUGCUGGAUGACAUGGUGACCAACCUUAAGCGCCUCCCGCUCGUCCGUAACGAAUGCGAGCAAUGCGCUCGCCAGUGCAAGCUUGGUGAGGCAGCCGACUCCUCCCAGCAGGCUGUGAACGUGAGUGUACCGUGCGCGCAUGCGCUGGGUUUGCGCCAUGCGCCCAACGUGCAGGGCUUUCAUGGCUCCGCUCGCGGACCUGCUGAUGACUAUAUGGACAUCGAUGCUUCCUGCGGCGACCCCUACGUGACCGGAGCCAAAAACAGGCGCCUGGCGCGGCUCACCACGUCAGCGCCCCGUGACGCCAAUGACGAUGCUGACCCGCCCACUUCGGACGAUGACGUGGAACACCUGCUGACGUACCGGCAGGAAACAGUGGUCGGUGACGCCUACAACCUGGAGGACGCCUCCGAAAAGGAUGUGUCGAAGCUGAUGGAGGGCACGAAGGUGGUAACACCGCUGCUGGACUCGUUGGACAUGUCCCUGCUGCGGAACGUGAACGCCCGCCUGCGACCGCGCAAUGGCGACCAGGUCGACCCGGCGUCCUUGCUGAAUGACUUGACCGACAUGAGGGGCGGCAAGGGCGGAGGGGAUUUCAAUCGCGACGGGCUAGUAGCGCUGACGGGCACUGUGGUUGACCCGCAUGCGUACAAGCAGGCACUAUGGAACUGCCCUGAGGAGUAUCGGGUGGAGGGCAUCCAGAGCAGCGCCUCGCCGAUUAUCACCGUGCGCUCCAAUCGCCAGGACCUCUCAGAUGACCUGGCCUUCUACACUUCGGACACGUUGCGCUCGUCAGCAGAUGAGGUGGAUACUGCCCAUAGCGAAGAACCGGGCCUGCGUGCCGGUUUGUACGCGCAGGAAAGGGACAGCGACGUCUAUUACGACAGCGACAUGAGCCUGGCGGAGCUCAUGGCGAAGUACCUCGUGUUGCGCAAGCGGAGCGAUUGCGAAGUCAGCGUGCUCAAGACGCUCAAGCACCUCAUCUGUAAACGGCUGAACAAGGAGCGGCUCUACCUGUGGCACAGGUCAGGCAGCAAAUCGUCGGACACGCCGUCGGAAAUGUACGGCAGCAACGUGAUGAUGCAGACGCUCCACCGCAUCCUGCAGACGUUAGAUGUGACCUCCUCCGCCAUCCCGGAGGCCCUGGAGGACGCGGCUUCAACCACAGGCCGCAAAGACGAUGGCAGGGACACCAGCGUGUACACCUACUCCAGCAUUUCGGUCUCGAGCUACCGCAGCAUCAGCGAGAGCAUGUUCUUGCCCGUCAACGAUCGGGAGGUGGAGCAGUCGUGGAUCCUCGACCUCCACAAGAACCUCGUCGAGAUAUACGGAGUCCUGACGGUCGAAGACGAAAACCGCUCGGACCUGCUGCCGAACGACAGCGACGACCUCUACUGCGAAUUGAUCGGCGACACCCUCUCGAUGUAUCCCCUGCGUGAGGUGACGGUGACUUCCGCCGACCUCUUCGAGAGCAAGCCGAUCAUCGUCAUUCGCGUCGACGACUCGUUCACGUGCACGCCCGUGACGGCCACCAAGUCGGGCACUUAUGCGACCAGGAUCAACACGCGGCUAUACCGGGCGAAGAGCAGGCGGCCGUCGGAAGACGACGAGGGGCUCUUCCUGACAUUGAGUUCAAGCCAAUACGACAUGAUGCGGUGGUUUGUCGCACUGUCUACACGGCCGAAAGUCACCUCGUUCCUCUAUCUGCUUGAGAACCAGCGCCAGAUGCGAGUCUACAACAGCAAUUUGUACUUCAUAUUGUACCCGAACUGCCGAGAGAUCGAUUUCUCGUACUUUAUGUUUGAUGCGGAGCUGGAGCGGCAAAUCGUCAAGAGCUACGUGCGGCUUCCGAUCCGCCGGCUCAUCCUCGCCAAUCGCAGCCUGAGCGACGCUGAUCUGCCUCAACUCCUCUCGAUCUGGAACUACGAUAUCGACACCCUGGAACUCUCUCACAACUCGCUGGAACUGCGCGAAUGCGGAACCCAGUUUGUGAGCUUCCUGAAGAAGGCACACGUGCGGCGGGUUUUCCUGGACGGCAACCCGAUAUCCGCGCAGGGCAUUGAAGCCCUAGCUGCGGCAUUCACGAACUCGCACCUGCGACAUCUGAGUUUGCGCGGGUGCGCGCUCGACGACUGUAUUGUCCCUAUGCUUCGGCGCACGAACGAGGCCAUGAGUAUCAGGGACAGGUUGACUCUGGACGCCCGUGAAGUGACCACUUCGGAGACGACGCAUCACUUUUUGAAGACCUAUCCGCUCAAGCGCGUAAAGAUAGGAACGGUUGAUCAGCACAUGGCGUACCCGGAGACGGACGUCGAGGUCUUCAUGGACUGCCACAACCUUGACCAGAUUAACAAACUCGGCAUUCUAUUCUCCGGCAAGCUGCUCGCUGCGAAAUCGACGGGCACGAAGUUCCGGUUUUGUGGUCUGUGCAAGCCUCGUAGCGUGAGCUACACCUUCGGCAACGACUACUGCUUCUUCGAAUUCCGGCCGCCGUAUCUGAUCAUCAGAGAGCCAGAUAGCAACGCGGCCAACAAUGCGCGGCGCUCUAAUUCCCAGACACGACCCUCCAUGUACUUCCUGGCUGGGUGUGACAUCGUCCUGAUGAACAACCUGCGGUGGCUCCAGCUGAAGCUCAACACCCCCAAGGGGGUUACUCUGUGGCGCAAAUGCGAAUUUAAUCUGGAUAUUGAUGACAACACGAAUGACGACAUUAACAGGAAAGAGGAUCGGCGUAUUUUGGUCCGUGCCUACACCGAUGCGUCCACACGCCGCUGGUUCGAGCUGCUGAACCGGCACAUGUCGGGCGUGUACUACGUGCGGUACGUGCGGAAGCACCCUAAGGUCUCGUUGUCGCGCCACAUCCUCUCGUUCUGCAGGCGUCCAGACGCUUCGCACCUGGUGUUGUACGAUCUGCCCUACGACCGCACGUUGUGGGCGUCCUUUUUCCGUGGCAUCAACUCGAUGUCUUGUCUGCGCGUAUUGGACUUCUCCAACAAGAAACUGACGGCCGAGAAUAUGGACUACCCGGAAUUGCUGUAUGGAGACCUGAAGCUGGACCGUCUGGACUUCUCGUUCAACCGCCUGGAUUUGCGCAAAGCGGAGCGCACUGUAUUUAACGGGAUUCUCCCACCCCUAACUGUUGCAGUCUACAAUGUGAGCUACAAUCCUCUCGGCGACUGCGACCUCUCCGCCGACCUCUUUGUCAGCGCAUGUGUACGCGCCAACGCUGUCAAGUUGUGCUUCAACUACUGCUCCCUGGGCGACCGCUUCCUGGAUUCGGUGGUGAAGCUGCUGGAGAACAUCAGAGUUCCGGAUGAAGACUCACGUCUUGAGGUGGUGGAACUGGAGGGCAACCGCUUUAGCUCGCACUGCCUACAAGCCUUCGUGGAGCAGAUGCUACUGAGCCUGCCGUCCAUGGACGUCAUCAGGUUGCACGGCUCCGUGACUGCCAACGAGCUGCCCGACUCAAUCUUUAACGACAAAGACCUUAUGACGCUGGAGCGGUUCUCCCCCACCGAACCACGGUUUGGAAGCUUCAUACGCAAGACCUAUCUGCGGAAACCUAAGCGGACCACUCGGGAGUCUGUCGCGCGACUCGUGAAGGAGCGCAUGGCAAGCGGAGACGCAGCUACAGCCGCGCAGAAAUGA